AUGUCGGUUUGGUUGGAAGCGCGAAAACAAGAAAAAGAAUUGAGAAAGAUGCAUAUCGAUCACAAUAGAAGAGCUGAAAGAAGGAAGAAUUUCUUCGAUAGUGUGAGGAAAGAUCCGGUUCAAUUCAUGCAAUUACAUGGACGAGCCUAUCAAAUCCACACCGAACGAUCGGUGGCAAAAGCGGCUGAGGAGAAUACAAUACAUCCAUGGGCGGUCGACAAAAAUGUGUUAAUCGAUCGUUUCGAUGCUCGAGCUCAUUUAGAUCACAUCCCGGAAGUGUCCAAGAGUAAAGUGAAACAUGAUAGCACUGAAGAAAAAGAGGAGAUCGUGUGUGAUUUUGAGCGUUAUCGGCUCGUCAUUUUGAAUGAAUAUCGAGGAAUCGACGAGCCAACUUAUCUCAAACGAAUUCAUCAACGGGAAUUCUGGAGCGAAGGCGAAAAGGCAAAAAAUAUUCAGAAAACGGAAAGGGAAAAGAAAAAGAAAUCAGCGGAGACAAAAACAAAUAUUGGGUAUUCUUAUGGUGAUUCGGAAGUGGUUGCAGGAAGGUCGGCAAUUGAUGGAUGUGGAUAUGGAGAAAAUAGUGAAGAAUAUGCAGAACAAGAAAUUGAAGAUAUUGAGGAUCUGGAUGCCGAAUUGGACAUCGAUCGAAUGGAUCCCGAAGCACAUCGACGUGCAAAUAAAACUGGGGAAACUUAUGGAAUCAAGAGGUCACUUUUCGUCAAUCUUCUUCGAGCCGAUCAAACAGCGACAAGAAAUGCGGCUGAAUUGAGAAGAAUUGAACGGCAAAAGAUGUCAUUGUCGGGACGAGACGGAAAGUCGGAAAGAUUGGCUUUGAAGAGGCGACGAAAUGAAAUACUUGGAGGGAAACAUAUUGAAGAUAAUGACGUGACGACAACACUUUUGAGUUUUGUUCGCGCCAAAGAUGAGGCGCUCGAGAAAUCAAAACAAUUACUUGCACAAGCAGCAGAUGAAAGCGAUUCUUCCGAAGACGAGCACGCUGUUCCGAUCUUUAUCAGCACUUUUGGCAAUGAGACGACGGAAAUGAAAGAUGGUGAGGAGGAAGAAGAGAAAAGGGAUAUACAAGGACCCGAAUUUCCGAGUGAACAAGUUCGAAAGAUUAUGGAUAUCAAUCGUCGUGCAAAGAGUCCCAAAAGCCCUGAAGUUGAGGUGAAUUUUGAGAGGAGACGAUCAAGAAGCCCUCGAUAUCGGCGAAGGAGUCGAAGUCGUAGUGGAGACCGGUACAGGAAUCGUAGAAGUUGCUCCCGUUCGCGAAGACGCAGUCGAAGCCGAUCCAGCCGCUCUCGGUCCCGUUCACGAUCUCGAAGUCGUAGCCGAGGAUUGUGGGAUCGGAAAAAUCAAGAUGACAGAAAAAUGACUUCAAAAUAUCGUUCAAGACGAUCCUCAUCUCCAGCUGAAAAGCAACGCUCAAUGAAACAAACGGAUAAAGACGAUUCUUCUGAUGGAUCGGGGUCAGAAACGCUUCUUGAGAUCCGUUCAUCAAUGUCUGAUUCGGAAAAGGAAAAAUUGGAAAUCGAGAAUCGAAAAAGAAGAAUCAGAAAGACAAAAAGGACAGUGAAGAAGCAAGGAAUGGCAAGGAAAAGAUCCGAUUCGGAAAGUGAAGAUGAUAAGAAAGAAGAAGCACGGAAAUUACGCCUUUUGAUGCAAAAGAAGAUGAGAAAAACUGAGGAACAGAUGAAAAUUGAAGAAGAGGAAAGGAGAAGAGAAGAAGAAAAACGAAGGAGAUUGAGAGAAGAAGAGAUAUUGAUGGAGGAAGAAGCAAGGAGACACAGGGCAAGAGAACGCCGUUUGCAAGAACGCGAAGAGGAGGAUCGACGACGUCGAGUGGAGAAAUUGAAAGAAGAAAAUAAAAGAGAACACAAGGGUCGACGUGAUCAUCAAAGAGGAUCAAGAAGAAGUCGAAGUAGAGAAAGAAGA